GCCAUCUCCCGAGCGGCUCGCGCUGCGCUCUCUGCGACAAGCUGCGAAACCCCACCUGCCCCUUUCCCUUCGCCUUCCUGCAUCGUUCGGAUACUUCCUCGCCUCGAUCUCUCCGUCCCCCUCUCCCUUGUUUCUAGCUCUCAUCCUCUGCGAAGAGAUUUUAGGGUCAGGGCCCCUUGAUCGCGCCUUCGGCUCACUCGAUAAGCCACUUCUCGCUCAUCGAUUCGUCGCCGAUGGAGCCCCGCCUUAACGAGUGGGACUUUGUGAUCAAGGUCUCUUCGUCUAGAAGCUCUAGGAGCAUUCAUUCUCGCAGUUCAGAUAAUUACGAGAGGAGUGAGAAACAAAGGUAUCGCAGUGUUGAAUAUGGCAGAAGAGAUGAACACGGGAUAUCCAGAUAUACUACGGAUUAUAGCAGGAAGAGGAGUCGGCACGAACAGACUUCAAACACUCCUUCGAGGUCAGGCUGGGAUGACGGGAGGUGGGAAUGGGAAGAUACUCGACGUCGAGGUUCUAGGGACAACUAUUCUGUGCCUCACAGAUAUCGACCUUCACCCUCUCCAAUGUUGGCAGGUGCCUCACCUGAUGCACGGCUUGUGUCCCCGUGGCUGGGUGGUAAUACACCUCGUUCUGCAGAAGCUUUGAUGAUAAAAAUGACCAUUGGGACUACAGUUUCUCCAUGGGAUAGUGUAGCUCCCUCUCCAACACCAAUACGUGCCACAGGCUCCUCAAAAAGAUCUGAUUCGUCUCAGAGUGGAAAACAUCGGCUACGUUUUACUGUUGCAGCUAAUUCAGAGGAAAUUGAAGCAGCUGAAAGCACCUUAACCACAUUUAAGCCUUAUGAGAUCACAGAGGAAAUGCGCCAAGAGAUGGAUUACAAUGCUGACCGAGCAUGGUACGACAGAGAUGAACAUAACACAAUGUUUGAUGGUGAUAGCUCGUCAUCGUUUGGUGGGGAUGAUGCUUCAUAUAAAAAGAAAGAAGCAUCACUGGCAAAGAAACUGGAAAUUGAAGCAGCUGAAAGCACCUUAACCACAUUUAAGCCUUAUGAGAUCACAGAGGAAAUGCGCCAAGAGAUGGAUUACAAUGCUGACCGAGCAUGGUACGACAGAGAUGAACAUAACACAAUGUUUGAUGGUGAUAGCUCGUCAUCGUUUGGUGGGGAUGAUGCUUCAUAUAAAAAGAAAGAAGCAUCACUGGCAAAGAAACUGGAAAUUGAAGCAGCUGAAAGCACCUUAACCACAUUUAAGCCUUAUGAGAUCACAGAGGAAAUGCGCCAAGAGAUGGAUUACAAUGCUGACCGAGCAUGGUACGACAGAGAUGAACAUAACACAAUGUUUGAUGGUGAUAGCUCGUCAUCGUUUGGUGGGGAUGAUGCUUCAUAUAAAAAGAAAGAAGCAUCACUGGCAAAGAAACUGACUCGUAAGGAUGGAACAUUGAUGACCCUUGCCGAAAGUAAGAAGUUAUCACAAUUGACUGCUGAUAAUGCUCAGUGGGAAGACCGACAGCUAUUGAGAUCGGGGGCUGUUAGAGGAACAGAGGUGCAGAUUGACUUUGAGGAUGAGGAUGAGCGCAAAGUCAUCCUUUUAGUUCAUGAUAGUAUCCGUUUCACAUCACAAGUAGCGUGUGGAAGAACUAUUAUGGAGGUCUCUUCGUCUAGAAGCUCUAGGAGCAUUCAUUCUCGCAGUUCAGAUAAUUACGAGAGGAGUGAGAAACAAAGGUAUCGCAGUGUUGAAUAUGGCAGAAGAGAUGAACACGGGAGAUCCAGAUAUACUACGGAUUAUAGCAGGAAGAGGAGUCGGCACGAACAGACUUCAAACACUCCUUCUAGGUCAGGCUGGGAUGACGGGAGGUGGGAAUGGGAAGAUACUCCACGUCGAGGUUCUAGGGACAACUAUUCUGUGUCUCACAGAUAUCGACCUUCACCCUCUCCAAUGUUGGCAGGUGCCUCACCUGAUGCAUGGCUUGUGUCCCCGUGGCUGGGCGGUAAUACACCUCGUCCUGCAGGUUCUCCAUGGGAUAGUGUAGCUCCCUCUCCAACACCAAUACGUGCCACAGGCUCCUCAAAAAGAUCUGAUUCGUCUCAGAGUGGAAAACAUCGGCUACAUUUUACUGUUGCAGCUGAUUCAGAGGAAAAUGAAGCAGCUGAAAGCACCUUAACCACAUUUAAGCCUUAUGAGAUCACAGAGGAAAUGCGCCAAGAGAUGGAUUACAAUGCUGACCGAGCAUGGUACGACAGAGAUGAACAUAACACAAUGUUUGAUGGUGAUAGCUCGUCAUUGUUUGGUGGGGAUGAUGCUUCUUAUAAAAAGAAAGAAGCAUCACUGGCAAAGAAACUGACUCGUAAGGAUGGAACAUUGAUGACCCUUGCCGAAAGUAAGAAGUUAUCACAAUUGACUGCUGAUAAUGCUCAGUGGGAAGACCGACAGCUAUUGAGAUCGGGGGCUGUUAGAGGAACAGAGGUGCAGAUUGACUUUGAGGAUGAGGAUGAGCGCAAAGUCAUCCUUUUAGUUCAUGAUACAAAGCCCCCUUUCCUGGAUGGUAGGGUGGUAUUCACAAAACAGGCUGAACCUGUAAUGCCUAUUAAAGAUCCCACAUCAGAUAUGGCCAUAAUUGCUCGUAAAGGUUCUGCUCUGGUUAGGGAAAUUCAUGAAAAGCAGAGUAUGAAUAAGUCACGCCAACGGUUUUGGGAGCUGGCAGGAUCAAAACUUGGUGACAUUCUAGGGGUCCAGAAGACAGCUGAGCAGAUUGAUGCAGAUACUGCAGUGGUAGGAGAAGAAGGCGAAGUGGAUUUUAAAGAGGAAGCCAAGUUUGCAAGGCAUAUGAAAGAGAAAGGUGAAGCAGUAAGUGAAUUCGCCAAGUCGAAGUCCAUUUCACAACAAAGGCAGUAUCUUCCAAUAUAUUCUGUUCGUGAGGAACUGUUGAAGGUUGUUCGUGAAAAUCAGGUAAUAGUUGUAGUUGGAGAGACUGGUUCUGGGAAGACAACUCAAUUGACACAGUAUCUUCAUGAAGAUGGAUAUACAAAUGGUAGUAUUAUUGGUUGUACACAACCAAGACGUGUGGCUGCCAUGAGUGUUGCUAAACGAGUCAGCGAGGAGAUGGAAACAGAGUUGGGUGAUAAAGUUGGUUAUGCCAUAAGAUUUGAAGAUGUCACUGGUCCAAAUACUAUAAUAAAGUACAUGACGGAUGGGGUACUUCUGCGUGAAACAUUGAAGGACUCUGAUCUUGACAAAUACCGAGUAAUUAUCAUGGAUGAAGCACACGAGAGAUCACUGAGUACCGAUGUUUUAUUUGGUAUACUGAAGAAGGUAGUUGCUAGGCGACGCGACUUCAAGCUUAUUGUAACGUCUGCGACGCUGAAUGCUAAAAAAUUUUCCGACUUCUUUGGAGGUGUUCCGACUUUUCAAAUCCCUGGAAGGACAUUCCAUGUAAAUAUCCUGUACAGCAAAACACCGUGUGAAGACUAUGUUGAAGCUGCUGUUAAGCAGGCGAUGACUAUUCACAUUACAAGCGCUCCUGGUGACAUUCUCAUCUUUAUGACAGGGCAGGAUGAGAUUGAAGCUGCCUGCUAUGCUCUUGCUGAGCGUAUGGAACAGCUCAUCGCAUCCACAAGCAAAGCAGUCCCAAAGCUCUUGAUAUUGCCUAUCUAUUCUCAGUUGCCAGCUGAUCUGCAAGCAAAGAUCUUCCAGAAAGCUGAAGAUGGUGCUCGGAAAUGCAUUGUUGCAACCAACAUUGCAGAGACAUCCCUUACAGUAGAUGGUAUCUUUUAUGUCAUAGACACAGGAUAUGGUAAAAUGAAGGUUUACAAUCCUAGAAUGGGCAUGGAUGCUCUACAAGUGUUUCCAGUUAGCCGAGCAGCAGCUGACCAACGGGCUGGGCGUGCUGGCAGAACUGGUCCUGGCACUUGCUAUCGGUUAUUUACAGAGUCUGCGUAUCAAAAUGAGCUGCUUCCUAACCCUGUUCCAGAGAUCCAGAGAACAAAUCUGGGCAAUGUGGUUUUGCUGCUUAAAUCCUUAAAGAUUGAAAAUCUUUUGGAUUUUGACUUCAUGGAUCCGCCCCCGCAGGAAAAUAUUCUCAAUUCAAUGUACCAGCUGUGGGUGUUGGGCGCCUUGAACAAUGUUGGAAGCCUCACUGAGAUUGGGUGGAAGAUGGUGGAAUUUCCCUUGGAUCCACCGCUUGCGAAAAUGUUGUUGAUGGGGGAGCAGCUAGAGUGCAUAAAUGAGGUUUUAACAAUCGUGUCUAUGCUUUCAGUGCCUUCAGUUUUCUUCCGACCAAAGGAUCGGGCAGAGGAGAGCGAUGCGGCAAGGGAAAAAUUCUUUGUUCCAGAAUCUGAUCACUUGACACUUCUCAAUGUAUACCAACAAUGGAAAGCAAACCAAUACCGUGGGGACUGGUGCAAUGACCACUUCUUGCAUGUGAAGGGCCUUAGGAAGGCAAGGGAAGUCAGAUCCCAGCUGUUAGACAUACUCAAGUCCUUGAAGAUUCCCCUGACUUCAUGUGGGAUGGAGUGGGAUGUGGUCAGGAAAGCAAUCUGUUCUGCUUAUUUCCACAAUGCUGCCAGAUUGAAAGGUGUGGGUGAAUAUGUGAAUUGCCGGAAUGGAAUGCCCUGCCACCUGCAUCCCAGCAGUGCACUGUAUGGGCUUGGAUACACUCCAGAUUACGUGGUUUACCAUGAACUUGUACUGACCACAAAGGAGUAUAUGCAAUGUGUGACUGCAGUCGAGCCACAUUGGCUGGCUGAGCUGGGACCAAUGUUUUUCUCUGUUAAAGAGUCGGAUACAUCUAUGCUUGAACACAAGAAGAAGCAGAAGGAAGAGAAGACUGCAAUGGAGGAGGAGAUAGAGAAUCUGAGAAAAGAGCAAGCGGAAGCAGAUAAGUUGAACGAGGCGAGGGAACGGGAGAAAAAGGCAAAACAGCAGCAGCAAGUCAUCAUGGUAGGUGUGCGGAAGGGCCCAAGGACGUAUCUCAGACCGAAUAAAUAAGAGGCCUGAGAAUUACUCUCAUUGCUGGUCUCUUGUUUUUGUCAGGCCCGCAACAGAUUUCUCUUUGAGAGCAAGGUGCUGAAAGCCUCUGCUUUACCUCAUCAGUCGAACCGGACUAGUUGUUGCCCCUCGCCUCUAGCAAUAAUGGAAAGCGGGGGUCAUCUCAUUUACAGCUUUUCUUUUUCAUUAUCCUUAUUUUAUAAAAUUUGAAAUUUAGUGAUUUUUUUGUUUCUCGAUUCUGAUUUCUCUUA